UGACGACGACGAGUACGAUGUUAUUUUACGUCCAACAUUCCUACUCAACACUUUUAAAGCUUCGUAUUACUUUAUUAUACAAUUUAUAACCGCAGUCAGCGAUGAUGCUGCUCAUCUAUCAGUUUUUUAUAUUUAUUUGAAGUGUGCAUACAAUCUAUUCACUUUAACCACCAGUUUUCUUCAUUACAUCGACAUCUAGGAGUCGUAAUCAUGUGUCAUAUAAAAUUAUAUAUUUUAAUAUCAACGAUAAACUUGAUCCUCGCCAGCAAAAUAGAUCCCGUUGACAGAGGGUACAUUUUUACGUCGCCUAAAAAAAUACUAGCUGGGGAAACUGAGAGCGGAUGCUUGUCACUCCACAAUUUAGAGCCACCGGCUCACGUUCUCCUGGAAUUGAUUUCACCAGCGGCGGCUUCGACCUCAACGACGGCUGCUGCUGACGAGGAAAUUCUCGCGAGCACCAGCACGCUACUGGAAACCGGAAGUGAAACAUGUCUGGAAUUAUCGGUACCAGAUCGCGCGCAGAUGACCUACUCUAUGGCGAGGCUCAGACUGAAGAUACGGUUCGAUAAAUAUCCCGAGUAUCAUGUUAACACGGAAAAAGAUGUUUACAUCGAGUAUGAUUCAUCAAUUGUAUUUGUUGAGACUGAUAAGCCGAUUUAUAAACCUGGACAAGAUGUUAACAUCAGACUACUUGCGUUGACUCAUGAUUUGAAACCAUGGAAGAGACCGAUACCAAAAGUAUGGAUAGAGAACCCGGCAGAGGUUCGUGUUGCGCAGUGGACGAACCUGAACAUGGACCGGGGAAUAGUCCAGCUCCAGUUUCCGCUGUCGCCGGACCCGAAUCUAGGCAGCUGGCGAAUAAAAGUGGAGAAGAAAAAAUCCCAUCCGCAUUUGAUUCACACGACGAGCUUUGAUGUAAAGAAGUACGUGCUGCCCAAGUUCCAGGUGACGGUGACUGGACCCAGUUAUAUUUUAGCGGAUGCGGACAAUGCGACCUGGACCAUCUGCGCGAGGUACAGCUACGGCGAGCCGGUGCGUGGGACUCUCAGGAUAAAGUGCACACCUCAGAUACCAAGUUGGCGUCGGGGUAAAUAUAAUUUUCCCGCGAUAAAUUACGAGACGCGGAUUGACGCUCGCGAUGGGUGCACGGGUCCAUUCACUGUCUCUAGCUCGGAAAUGGGGCUUCCGGACUGGGAAGUUGCGCCUAAUAGUAUUAUCUUUACUGCAAAUUUAACUCAAGACGGCACUGAGACCGUCGAGACAGCCACCAGCCGCGUGGUAGUCAUGCACCAGGCUCUGAAACUCGAGUUUUUACCGCACACGCCCAAGUAUUUUAAACUCGGGCUGCCCUAUCACGGAAAACUCCGAGUGCUGCGUCCAGAUUCCGAGACCCCGGCUGCUGGGGAAAAAAUCCAAUUGUGUCUGCGCGUUCGCGGCAAAGACGACUGGUGGGCCCGGGUCGUGGUCGAGUGCAAAAAUUUCACAUCUUCCGCCAUGGGAUUCGUCAACUUCAUCGUUCCGCCUCAGCACAGAAACAUCGUCCUGCUGAGCUUCGUCGCCACGGGAAUAGAGUACCCGACUAAGUACUACUCUCCGGACAAGCGAUGGCGAGUGUUCAUGGAUCAGCCGGCAGCUUACAUCGACGUCGGUGCCUGGUACUCGCCAUCCGAAAGCUACUUGGCAGUGGCACGCGGCGACCAGCCGAUAGUCUGCGGAGAGAAGUAUCCAUUCAAUGUGAUGUACACUCUGGACCCCGAGGCGACCAAUGAAUCGAUUGCGUUCCACUACUCAAUAAACUCGAAAGGCGACUUGCUGAUUUUCGGUCACGUAAAACAUAAACCUCACAAAGAUUCAAUUUUGAAUUACGCGGAAUUCAAAAACGUGUUGGGUCGUGGGUCUGCUGACGCGACGACUGGUCGCAGUGAAGUGCCCAAGAACAAUAUCGUCCAUAGAUUCCCGCUUAGCGUCAAAGUGACGCCAAGUAUGGCACCGAUCUCGGAACUUCUGCUGUACUACGUCCGUCCUGACGGCGAGACAGUGGCGACGACGUACACGAUUGAGGUAAACGGCGGCGACAGUUGCUUUGAAAACCACGUAAAGACCACGUGGUUGGACACCGCAGCUACUGAAGACAUCAAACGUGCGCCUGGUGAAGUCGUGCGUUACAACAUUGAGGCUGCUCCUUGGUCGCUCUGCGGUGUUUCUGUCGUCGAUUCGUCGACCAACUUCCUCGCACGACGGGACUCGAAGAAAAGUAAUUUGAUUGACGCAGAAGGAGCUUUUGAUCAGACUAAAAAAUUCCAUUACAAUCGUGGAGACACUCCGGCUCUGUAUCAGAGUGUCUGGAGUCAUUGCAAAAAAACUAUUCAGCCUCCAGAAACUUCGAUUGACGAAAUAGACCACUUGCCUUCUCCAGCAGUUGAAGCUCCACCCGUUUGGGACCACAGCGGCGCGCGGACUUGGCAGAGUGGCUUCGAUAGCAAACGCAACAGCAAACGACAAUCAUCAUCAUCAUCACGAAAAGUUCGCAGCAGUGGAAUAAGUUUAAACGGGGUAGUAAAUUACGUCGACGCAAUGCAAGCAUUUGAUGACUUUGGCGUGAUAGUAAUGAGCGAUUUAAUCCUGGAGUCACGUCCAUGUCCGCAAAAUAGCCAGUGGUGGCCGAUGAAUCCACUGGAGAGCAUAGAAAUGGGCCAUCGAAGUAUGGACGAGCCGGACCGGAUUUGGGGUAACAUGAAAAUGCCCCAAGCGUUUCCACUUCUGAACUUCGGUGUCAUCGAACCGACACUGACUGGCAGCAACGCCGACGUCGGAUACAUCGACCAGCUUCCGGGAGUCUCUCCGCGCUCUUACUUCCCUGAAACCUGGCUCUGGGAGUUGGUGACCACUGGCAAAGACGGCAAGGCUGUGAUAAAACGCACGCUGCCGGACACCAUCACCAAUUGGAUGGCCCACACUAUUUGCAUAUCGUCCAGCUACGGGCUCGGCAUUGCUCCAGUGACAAAGCUGACGGCAUUCCAGCCUUUUUUUUUGGACUACAGUCUUCCUUACAGCGUAAAACGGGGCGAGUUGCUUCGAAUGAAAGUCUCGCUGUUCAAUUACAUGCAGUACAGCUUGCCAGUUAAAAUCCACUUGAUCGAGGCACCGGGUUUUGAAUUGCAUUUACCAACUGCUUCCCCAGUCGGCGAGUACUGCGUAGCUCCCAGGAAGAGUAUUGUCCACGAGUACGUCCUCAUACCCCGGGUGAUUGGUGAGAUAAAUAUUACCGUGUCAGCGGCUGUUGAUUUGUCAGCGAAUCAAACUACCUGCGCAUCAGAAGAUAAAAAAAUAAGAACAGAAAUUUUUACUCAGGACACGAUAAUAAAACCAAUUCUAGUUCUACCAGAAGGUUUUCCUAUCGAGACGACACAGUCUGCGUUUGUUUGUCCCAAAGAUUUCAAUGAUGACUCGAGCAUCACUUGGAACUUGAGUCUGCCAGUUGACCCAGACAAUUUCAUAGCUGACAGCGCGCGCGCAUACGUGUCUCUGAUUGGAGACUUACUGGGACCGGCUCUAGAAAAUUUGGACAAUCUGGUGCGUCUGCCAUUUGGCUGCGGCGAACAGAAUUUGAUUUUAUUCGUACCCAAUAUUCAUGUCAUUAAUUAUCUUGACGCGACGACAAAUCGCGGAGUCGAUGGACCAGCGAACCCGCAGCUCAGACAAAAAGCUAUUCGUAACAUGGAAAAAGGUUAUCAGCGCGAGUUGAACUACCGGCAUCCAGACGGCUCGUACUCGGCCUUUGGACCUCAGAGCUCCGAGAGCACUGAACUCGGUGGGUCCAUGUGGCUCACUGCGUUCGUUGUUAAAUCUUACGCCCAAGCGCGCCGGUACAUUCACAUUGACGACAGGGACCUCAAGCUAUCCGUCAAGUGGAUUUACCGAAAGCAGCUGGAGAACGGAUGCUUCCCAGUGAUCGGUAGGAUUUUCCACAAAGACAUGAAAGGAGGACUCCAGGAUGAUGACAGCAGCACUGACUACGCAGCGGCACUGACUGCCUACGUCCUGGUGGCACUUGUCGAGAGCGUUGGAUCCACAGCCGGUAAAAAUUCCCUGCCGCCUUCAGUCAUCGACAACGCAGUCAAUUGCCUGGAAAAAGUCAUGAGCAAAAAUCUGAAAGAAGACGGCGACUUGUAUACAGUCGCCGUAGGAACUUACGCACUGACUUUGCUGGAGCAUCCGAGUGCCAACAAGAGCAUGAACCUGCUACUGGAUCGUUCGACGCGACUCCACGACCUUUUGUGGUGGGAAGACAAAACCAAAACAUCCUCUCGCGGUCUGAGCAUCGAGAUGACAGCCUACGCAGUGCUGAGUCUCGUUAAAUUAGCGGGUGAGUCCAACAUGGCGCUUGCCCAUCGCGCUAUCAGAUGGAUGGCCAAGCAGAGGAACGCCGAGGGCGGGUUCACUUCAACUCAGGACACGGUAAUUGGUCUCGAAGCUCUCGCUAAAUAUGCGACCGCAAUGGCAGUCACCAACGCCACCACUGAUCUGUCGAUUCUCGUGACUGCUGGAGAUGUCGACAGGGUCAUCCGCAUGCAAGAUGAGAACCGACGGGUGCUUGUGCAAAUACCUCUCCCGGUAUUUCCUACUCUCGUUGAGGUAUUCGUUGAAGGCGAGGGCUGCGUCCUGGUCCAGACGAACCUCAAGUACAACGUCGCCCAAGUAACCGGGUCUCAGGCAUUCGACCUGUCAGUCACCAGCAAACCCGUCGGCUCCAGCAGCGACGAGUGUUCGAUGCAAAAAAUAAACGUCUGUGCCCGUUACAAAAUGGCUGACGAAGAAAGCAACAUGGCGCUGCUGGAAAUAAAAAUGAUAAGCGGAUACGUCGCCUAUAAAACAACUCUGCAUGCUCUGCUUGAAGACUCGCCGGUGACUCGGGUCGAGCGAUUCGACGAGGAGCCCGACGGCUCAAUAAGUAUUUACUUUGACAAGCUGACGGCUGAAACAACUUGCAUAUCUUUUCUCGUAUGGCGCGAAAACAUCGUCGAGAAAACCGAACCCGCGAAUGUUAAACUGUACGAUUAUUACCGACAAGAAUUAAUGAUUACCCAGAGUUACAAUUUUGUUUGCUGCACUUGCGACGCCGAUACUGAGGACAACAGCCCGCUGGAGCCAAUAAUACCCUUGCCGUCGCGACCGGAAUUGAAAGAGCUUCCGAUCCCAGUGAACACAAUAAUAAAAAAAUCAGAAAAAAGAACCGGGAUGAUGCCGACGAGCCUGGACACUUUGCAAGAUAUUGAAAGACACAGCAAAGUAAUCGCCGACGGGCAGUUGCUGGUGGAGAACAAGCAGUACCACGAUGAGGUGGACCCGAACUUGAUGAUCGUAAAGCAGAAUGACAUCACCGAGACCCCGGUACCCAGAGCGAGUGUCAGCACGACCGGGACGAUGGGGACCGUCGCCUCGCUGACCUCAGUGGAGCUCGAGGAAAAAAAAAACGACAUCGGAGGCAGCGGGGCUGGUGAUCUAGAAGAAUCAGAAGCGUUAGAGUUUGAAUCAUCAUACAGUAAACCUUUGUCAUCAUUUAUUGUCAUUGAUCAUGAAUUAGAUACACCAGACGGUAUCGAAGGACCGCCUCCUGUUUAUAUUAAACCCUCGUUUGACAUAAAUAACUACAGCGGUAAUGAAACAGAUUUCACCUCUAAUUUAAAUCUACGUGGCAGUGUUUUAAAUAACAACAUUAUCAUAAACCACAACAAUAAUUUAUCCUCGCAGCCGACGUCAGCGGACGUUUACUUCAACGCCAGUGACAGCAAGUGUCCAAUAUGCGGCGACAAGUUGCCGGCCAACAUCGACGACAUCUACUGCAGCGCCGGCAGUGUGAUAAAAGUGGCGAUUCGUCGUCUCCGUAGAGCCAGACUCCUGCUGGACAUGAUCGACAACCAGCAGCCGAAGCGUCUUCGCGCUACGGUGAAUUUGCUGCUGGACGACGCGCGCUGCAAGUGCCCGCCGAUUGACAAACCGGGAAGCUUGGCCUUGAUGAUCUUCAGCCUGACCAAGGACACCUCGCUCCUGACCAUUGACGGCUCCGAGCACAAGAACUACGAGCUGGAUGGACUGGUAUCGAUAUACACCUUGCCGAUUUCAAACCUCGGCGGCGCUUCCUUUGAAAUAAUAAAAGCUCGUUCUUCUUGUCCAAGAGCUGUGACUGCGUGACCAACUUUAUUUAUUUAGAUUUUUACUAAUCAAUUAAUUAUCCAAUUAUAUAUUUUAUAUACUGUAUCAUUUUUAUUAUUAUAAUUAAUUAAUUAAUUUUAUUAAUUAUUAUUAUUAUUAUUAAUUACUGAUAUCACGUAGGCUGUUGUUGAAUUUGUAUUUAAUACUUAAAAAUUUUUCCGACUACUUUUAGCGUAAUCUAUUAUUUAAAAU